CGUCAGUAACUAUCCGCGUCCUCCCUAAAACCGAAGAAUACCCAGACAAGGAUCGAAAACAGAUUAGAAUGGCCAUGAAAGCAGCAGCAGAGAAAUGGCUAAAAAUCCCCUUAAGCAGCAGCAUCUUCGGGAAGAGGCGAUUUCUGCACAAUGGCCCAGACACCGUAGAAGAGCUCCUAGAUCGUCAUCUCGUUAAGAAGCAACCACCGAAUGGUGAUGAUGAGGAAGACAAGAUUUUAGCCCGCCAGCGCCUGACCAGCACCCGCCGCGAGGCCCUCAGCCUCUACCGCGACAUCCUCCGUGCCACCCGAUUCUUCGCCUGGCCCAACGCCCGUGGCGUCCCCUGGCGCGAUGUGCUCAGGGACAACGCCCGCCGCGAAUUCGAGGAGGCCCGCUACGAGCGGGACCCGGAGAUCGUCACCCGCCUCUUGAUAGGUGGCCGGGAUGCCGUCCAGGCGGCCCUCGACAAGCUCGUGGACCAACACAAACGGAUGGCAGCGGGCGACGGUAAAAACGAUCGCACAUCGAAAUAGAAUCCUCUGUCUUGUUACUUUUUCUAUUUGGUGUAUAAAAAGGUAUAACGUUUGGUAUUGGAAAUUGUUAAUUGGAAUUGAUUGUA